CUCUUGUACACACAUGGAAGCAGGAAGUUCAUUCCUUCCAACAGAAACGAAACUCAGAGUGUGGCUCAAUCUCUCUCUUUUUCUCAACGUGUGAGUUCAGGAAAAUGGCUGAGGCCAGUAUUUCAGUAGAUCAGCUUUCGGUGGAUCAGUUCAGCUGUCCAGUGUGUCUGGAUCUCCUGAAUUAUCCAGUGACUAUCCCCUGUGGUCACAGUUACUGUAAGGUGUGUAUUAAUGGCUGCUGGGAUCAGGAGGAUCAGAGUGGAGUUUAUAGCUGUCCUCAGUGCAGAGACACUUUCACUCCAAGGCCUGUUCUACGCAGAAACAACAUGCUGGCUGAAGUGGUGGAGAAACUGAAGAAGAAGACUGAAGUCCAAGCUGCUUCUCCUGCUCACUGUUACACUGGACCUGGAGAUGUGGAGUGUGAUUUCUGCACUGGGAGAAAACACAAAGCCAUCAAGUCCUGUCUGAUGUGUCUGGCCUCCUUUUGUGAAACUCAUCUGAAACCUCACUAUGAAGUUCCUGGACUAAAAAAACACAAGUUAGUUGAAGCCUCUGGAAAUCUACAAGAGAAGAUCUGCUCUGAACAUGAUGAAGUGUUGAAGAUCUACUGUCGUACUGACCAAAGCUUCAUCUGUUAUCUGUGUAUGACGGAUGAACAUAAAAGCCAUGACACCAUCUCAGUUAAUGCUUACAGAACUGAGAAAGAGAGUGAGUUAAAGGAGCAGCAGAUGAAAUUCCAGCAGAGAAUCCAGGAGAAGCAGAAGAAGGUGCAGGAGCUGAAACAGACUGUGAACACUAUAAAGCUCAGUGCACAGACAGCAGUAGAUGACAGUGAGAUGAUCUUUACUGAGAUGAUCAGCUCCAUGGAGAAAAAGCGCUCGGAGGUGACGGAGCUGAUCAGAGCUCAGGAGAAGGCUGAACUGAGUCGAGCUGAACGACUCCUGGAGCAACUGGAGCAGGAGAUUGCUGAUCUUCAGAGGAGAGACACUGAGAUGGAGCAGCUUUCACACACACAUGAUCACAUCCACUUCCUCCAGAGUUUCCAGUCUCUCCGUGUCUCUUCUGGACGUGACGACUCAUCCAGCAUCACUGUCAAUCAACAUCUCUCAUUUGAUGGAGUGAGGAAAUCUCUCUCUGAUCUGAAAAAGAGACUGGAGGAAAUCUUCCAGGAGGAAUUCAUCAAAAUCCCUGAACAUGCUGCAGCAGUUCAGAUGAUUUUACCCUCAGAACCAAAGAGCAGAGAAGAUUUUCUGCAGUAUUUCUGUGAUCUGACUCUGGAUCCCAACACAGUAAAUUAUAACCUCAUUCUGUCUGAGAAGAACAGAGCGGUGAAGAGCAGUGAGAGAAAUCAGCAGUACUCUGAUCAUCCAGAAAGAUUUGACUCCUACAGUCAGGUGUUGAGUAAGGAGAGUGUGUGUGGACGCUGUUACUGGGAGGUGGAGUGGAGCAGUGAGGGAUUUGUGAACAUAUCAGUCUCAUAUAAAGACAUCAGCAGGAAAGGACGGGGUUACAAGUGUUGGUUUGGACGCAACAAUCAGUCCUGGAGUCUGUAUUGUUCUUCUUCUUCUCUCACUUUCUAUCACAACAACAUAAAGACUGAUCUCAGAGUUCCAUCAUCCUCCAGAAUAGGAGUUUAUGUGGAUCACAGUGCAGGAACUCUGUCCUUCUACAGCGUCUCUGACACCAUGAAGCUCCUCCACAGAGUCCACACCACAUUCACUCAGCCUCUGUACGCUGGGUUCUGGCUGCACUAUUAUGGAUCAUCUGUGAGAUUAUGUGAUCCAGAAUAAAACAUUAGCAAUGUGAUUUUUAAAUUAAAAUAAAUAGCAAAACUACUUUAUUAUAAUAAGCUUAAUUCAAAUAAAAAUAUAACAUGAACUCAGUUUAGAUUUCCUAAUUUUCAUUAAUAAUUUUAGAUCUUUUGACUUUUAGGAGAUUUUAAUGUUAUAAAUGUGACCUUCAUAAAAUAAAUAAAAGAACAUUAUUAUUUUAAAGAUAUAAAUUCUAGUAAACAGCUGCUCUAAGUGAUGGCAUGUCACUGUUUUCAUAUUUUCAUACUUUUCUCUUUUGAUUAUUAUUAGAUUAACAAUUAUUUGAAUCAUUCUGAAAAACUCAAUGUAAUCUGUGAGGAUGAAAUGAAAAUUCCAUCCUUUCAUCCAAAAGUGUUUUGAAUAGAAAUGAAUAGAAAUGUUGUAGUCUGUAUCUCCUCAUAAGUACAAGUUAUAGCAAUAUAUCAAGUGUAUAUACACUACUCACAAAAAGUUAAGGAUAUUGGGCUUUCAGGUGAAAUUUCAGGAUGCACCUAAAAUGCACUAUAACCUUUACAGGUGAACUUAAUUUGACCUUCUCUGCACUUCUGAAUGCACAUGUCCAACUGUUCAGUGUUUCAGUAGUUUGAUCAACAGUACCUCACCAUUGUGAGGCUUCAAACAGGAUGUUCUCAGAGGGAAGUGGCCACUAAGCUUUGAGUGUCACAGAGUGUCAUCAGCAGGUUGUGACAGAGAUACAGAGGGGCUGCAAGAGUCACAGAAAGGUAUAGAAGUGGACGUCCUUUGGCCACAUCCCAUGUUGAUGACCGCUUCAUUGUGAACAGUGCCCUGUGGAACCGGAUGAUGAAUGCCACUCAACUCCAGGCACAUGUAAAGGAGAUGAGAGGCACCCAAGUGUCACUUCAGACCAUUCGAAACCGUUUAUAUCAGCGUGGUCUGGUGCUAGACGACCUGCAAGGGUACCUGACCACAUCACCAAGUACAGGUGUCGGUCCAGGGAGCAUUUAUGCUGGAAGAGGGACCAGUGGGCCUCAGUGCUGUUCUCUGAUGAAAGUCAAUUCACAUUAAGCAGAAAUGAUGGCCGCCAACAAUGUUGGAGACGUCAAGGAGAGCGAUAUGCAUCAGCCACUGUUGUGGUGGUGUUACAGUCUGGGUAGGUGUGUCUACUCAAUACAGAACUGCCCUACAUCUUGUGAAUGGUACAGUGACAAGUCAAUACUACCUGAAUAACAUCAUUAAUCCAGUCAUUGUGCCUGUGCAUGAACAACACAAGCCUAAUUUCAUCUCCAUGGACAACAAUGUUCCAGCUCAUCGAGGUUGCAUCAUUAGGGAACGGCUGCUGGAGACUGGGGUACCUCAAAUGGAGUGGCCUGCACUUUCUCCAGACCUGAAUCCCAUAGAAAACCUAUGGGAUCAGCUGAGUCGCUGUGUAGAGGCUUGUAACCCUGCUUGUCAAGCUGUAACUGAUGGUCAAGGGCACAUGACAAAUUAUUGAGACAUUGACAUUUUUUGUUACGAUGUACCCAACACUGUUGUUGGCUUUUGUUUCAAUAAAUUGUUCGAG